AUGCAGGCCAGCCAACUGCCAACUGACCAUCCAUUCUUGCUGAAAAACCCAGACAAAGGUUUAUACUUGAGUGUAGAUGUCACCUGCAAUAGAUAUAACCAUGUAGGUAUUGAGGUAAACUGCUUGGACAUAACAGGUCAAAUCAACCAACUUUGGGUUUUCGAUGCAGACAGUUCAGCCCUCAGAAGCAAAUACAACAACUUUGUGUUGCAGUAUGAUGCUGAAGUUAGAAUGAUGAUUGUUUCACCAUUUGAUGCUAGAAGCUACAAACAAAAAUGGAGGUACGAAUGCAACAACAUUGUCAGUGUUUCAAAUCCCGCUUUCGUUUUGACUGCCGGUGAGUUUUCAGUUACACUAACUGAAAAUAUGUGCCGUAGAAAUCAGAUUUGGAUAGCUGAGGACAGCAAUGACUUACUUGUGAGAUCUCUCUCAUACGAUCGUUUUGUAUACAUCAUAAGUUCUCAGUUGGACUCGUGUUUGGAGGUCUACAAUAAUGUUUUAUUACCAUUCCCUGUGGUGAGGUGUUGGAACUUGAGCAAGAGUCAAAAUCAAAUUUGGUGUUUUGAAUCUUCGACCGGUACAAUUAGGACAAAACUGAAUAAUUUUGUUCUUGAAUACUGUCCAGACGAAAAGGGGCUUUUCGUCAGGCCAUUCAACGUUAAAAAUAAAAAUCAGCAGUGGAAUUAUGAAGAGGGUCGCAUCAUCAGCCUGUCUCAUCCACAUAUGUGCCUGGCCAACUUAGUUCUUUUUGAACUGGCGCUUGUCGAGAUCGACGUAAACGAACUACACCAAAUUUGGUUCUUUAAAGGGGUAGAGAUUUUACCAGCACCAGAAGAAGAAGAAGUUGAUGUAGAUGAUAGUGAUGAAAGAGAGGAAAUGGAAAGAAAAAUGCUUCCCAAGGUACGGAACAUAUGCCCGAAACCGCAAUGUAAGGACUUCAUGAUACAGACGGCCGUUUUAGCCGAGAGAGUUCUCAGUGUGUACAAUAGUGGUAAAAACGCCCGCCUUGAAUUUAAAGUUUACCUAUUGAAAGCGCACAAAACCAAGCGGCAACUGUGGCAUUUUAAUGGAGAUGGUUUCAUCGUAUCUUCUUUCAAUGGAUUUGUCUUCAGUGCCACAGGUGAUCUUUAA